UUCCAUAUUGACUUUCUUAGAGCAAAGUGCUCUGUUCACUGCUGUGUGCCCCGCGGUGUUAUUGUGUACGGGGACGUUAAACGCAGUCGUUGGCUUGUUUGUUUUUAACGGAAAAUCAUAGAUUACGUUAUCCAGGUCCAGAUUUGCUCAUCGAGUGUGAAAGACAAGGAAUAUUCUGAUGGUGUGAAAUAAAAGACAUCGUAUUCAUGCCACGUUCCACUGCUCAGCUGUGUGCCCACUUGAUGCUUGACGUGCAUGCCAUGAAGUUACAGCAGCAGCACUGUCUUAGUGUUUCUGUGUGAGUGUAGUCCUACAACAGUUGCACCAUUCUGGCCUGCUGGUACAACUUCAUUAAGGUUGAUUCAAAGCACUGUUGCAUUUCAUUUGAAGAAACUUUUCAAGGACUGGUCCAUGGUGAGCUGAAGGAAAUAAACACAGAAAAUUGACACGUUCCCAUGUGCCACUUAUACACAUGGACUGACAUCAGGAGAAGAUAACUCAUAACGCAUCUUUACCUACAUCAGUGGUGUGCAGCCCCCUAUCUGUGUUAGAAAAUUGUAUGGUGAGAUAUUUCCCAGUUAUGUAAUCUUGAACGAAACUUUGAGAAUGAAUAGGAAUCAUCAAGUCUCAGCUGCUGGCAGUCAUGGGAAACAUGACUGUGGAAAUGAGCUACAAAUCAAGCAAGAAGUUUCUGAUGUGGAACAAAUUGAGGAAAAGUAUUCAUCCUCCCAGAAAAUACAGUAUACCUUGAAGGACUCCUUUGAUGCCAUAUGUAAUGCAAAUAUCAUGACACAUGCUGGAGAGAAAGCAGACAGAAGUGAUGAUGACAGCAAUUUAUCUGCAGGUGGUAAUGUCAAGGGCGAUGCCAUUGUCUACACUACAAAGAGUGGAUACAGUUGUGGUGUUUGUGGCAAAACAUUUGCACGUGCUAGUGCUUGUAAGAGGCACACAGCAGUGCACAGUGAUGAAAGACCACACAGAUAUAAUGUUAGUGGACUAGCCUUUGCUCAGGUUAGUAAUAUCGAAAGACAUCAAGCUGUACACUCUGAUGAUAAAGUACACAAAUGCGAAAUUUGUGGCAACUCUUUUACUCAGUUGGGUUAUCUCAAAAUGCACGCAUUAAUACACACUGGAAUGACACCCCACAGGUGUGAUGUAUGUGGCAAAUUUUUUACUCAGUUGAGUACCCUAAAGAGUCAUUCAUUGGUACACACUCCAAAAGAACCCCACAAAUGUGAUAUCUGUGGCAAAUCUUUUGCUGAGUUAGAUGCUUUCAAGGCCCACGCAUUGAUACACACAGGGAAGAAACCACAUAAAUGCGAAAUAUGUGGCAAAUCUUUUGAUGAGCUAAGUGCUCUCAACAAGCACGAAUUGAAACACAGCGGAAAGAACCCAUACAUUUGUGACAUUUGUGGAAAAGAUUUUGCUCUGUUGGCCAGUCUGAAAAGGCAUUUUGCAGUACAUACUGGAUACAAACCACAUCAGUGUCAAAUUUGUGGAAAAGCAUUUACUGAUUUGGGACAUCUCAAAGUCCAUGUCAUAAUACACACUGGAGAGAGGCCUCACAAAUGUGAUGUUUGUGGCAAAACUUUUUCCCAUUUGAGCAGUCUGAAGAGGCAUGUAGGAUUACACACAAAUGUGCCACUUGAGGCAAAUAAACUUUGUUAACUGGUGUCUGCAAGGUUCUUACAACAAUGCACAUUGGAGGAAGAUCAUGCAUUUGUAAUAUGUAGGAAAUCAUUGGUGCUAAUAUUUUGAAGACACGUGUGUUGAAUUGUGAUAGAGGGAGAUCAAAGAAACUGUGACAGCAUUGCAAAUCCCUUAAUACAGUUUGACAUUUCCAGAAGUUGCUGUUCUAACUGCUACAGAGGGGUCAUACAAACUUGUCUCUAAUUAAUACUUCAAUGUACCUACUGAAGUUGAGAACAGAACUUGGUUGUUUUGUAAGAAAUCCUUUAUCUACUUUGGGAAUUAUAAGCUGUUUUGUCACUUAGAAUUCAACAAAAGCUUGUAUCUUAAGAAUCUUGAUGCUGUACAUACUAUGCUGAAAUAUAUUUGUUGUGUAUCCUUCACUUUGGCUAGUCAUCUUAACACUGGUGAAGACCACAGAAGUAGUGCUGUGUAUGUAAGUAAAAUAUAUGUAUGUGUGUACUGUUUGUGGUUAUCAUAUAUUAUAAAAUGGGUGUUAAUGAUAUGCAUCUUCAAGGAAGAAUGGAAGUCAGCUGCUGUUUAUACCCAUACACUACUGUCUUUUAGGGAGCUGUAUUUCGUGUGAAAUGCUUUUGUUUUUUUAAAAGUUCAGCUCAUGAUUCAAGGCUCAUAGAGAUUAGUGAGAAUUUUAAUUGCUUUCUUAUAUUUGGAAUCUGAUGUCAUACUGUAUUUUGAAUAAACAUGAGGUUUCCAAAAAUA